GUGAUGAGCCAGCGUCUCCUCAGGGAACAAUGGCCGAGGCUGAGGCCGACCGGCUGCCGGACUGGCUCCUGGUGGAGAUCUUGUCCUUCCUGCCCCUCGGGGACCGGGUUCGGAGUGCUAGAGUGUGUAGACGCUGGAGGAGACUCGUCCAGGACAAGACCCUGUGGAAAAAUGUCGACCUCACGCCAUACCCGGUCAGCCCCAAGGUCCUGUGGAUUCUGCUGCGCCGUUAUCUGGGCCCGGGCCUGCAGUCGUUAAAGGUGCGGGGAUCGUUGCCCCUGACUUCCCGCUCGGGCCCGCUGUCCUCAGCUCUGCUGGUCAGGCUGUCGCACCGCUGCCCCAGGCUGUCCAGCCUCAGCCUGCAGGACCAGGAUCUGCGGUCCCUGCCCUUCUCGUGCCUGCCCCGCUCCCUGCGGGUGCUGGAGCUCCAGCGCUGCGAGCUGCCGGCCAACUGGUUCUCCUCCCUGGGGUCCCCGGGGCUCCAGCUGGAGCGCCUCUCGCUGGACCGCGUCCCCUCCUUCUCCAACCGGCAGCUGGAGGCCGUGUGCCAGCUGCCGGGGUUGCGCGUCCUGAAGCUGGUUGGGACGUACCGGAUCACGCCCAUGGGGGUGCGGGGGGCCCUGGCCGGGGGUGGGGGAAAGGAGCUGGAGGCCCUGCAGCUGUGGGAGUGCGCCCUGCCAGCCGAGACCAUGAAGAACGCCUGCCAGGUGCUGCCGCGGCUCCAGGUUCUGGAAGUGGAUGGCAUCGCCAUGCAGAUGGGGCUGGAGGAGUGCGGGAAAAACGACUACCCGCACCGCCCUGGCCCGUCCGCACCUCCCUGAGCCCCCGACAGGGACAGGGACUGGAGAGACAGGCGGGAGUUAAAGGAGUCAGCGAACCGCCUGGUGCCUUAGAAACACAG